AUGGACAGCUACCGGCCAGGCGACAACGACCCUCGUCAGCUACGCGACUAUCGCGGAAGUGACGACGAUGACUCAGACCCGGGCAUUCAAAUCCGUGGUGCAGCCAACAACAGACGUGCUUCUGACAGCCGUCCGCCAUCACCAUCACGGCGUCCGUAUAAUGAUCCGGACAUGCCAUCGCGUCAAAGAUAUGACGAAUAUCAGGGUGGCUAUCGCAACCGCAGCGACGAUCGCUACGACAAUUCAUACAGCAGCUCUAGCGACUACCAGGGACGCAACUAUCAUGGGCGCGGCUAUACCAGUCGCGACUAUUACAAUCGCAAUCGUGGUGGACGACGUUAUGAUCCACGCGGCUAUCAACCUCGCGAGUAUCCGGAUUACCACGAAUACCACGACUUCUCCGAGCAGGAUCCCUACAGCGAACUACAGGAGCCACCUGCCAGUACUGGAGAAGAGGACCUGUCGUACGACGGCACCGCGCUGCAGUUUCUGCUCAUACGCGGUCUUAAGAACACCGUUGAUGAAGCUCUACUCAGCAAAGGCCUGGAGAAGCUGGAUGUCGACGACAAAGAGCCAAAGCCGACUGCCAUGCCUGUAGUUCCUGGAGGACCGCCGCCUGCCAUGCCCGCCGCGCCGCCUGGAGCUACACCUGGAAGCCUGAAACGUGUCUUCCUUGUUCGCGAUCGUCUUAGUGAAAAGAGUUUGUCGUACGGAUUUGCUGAGUAUCAUACCUUUAGUGACGCCAAGGCUGCACUCGCCAAAGCCAGACAGCUAGCCGACAAGUGCACCAUCGCCUCGAAGCGGAUCAAAGUGGACUUCCCACAUUCUGGCGUCUUUCCGAUUUCCGAGCCAGCAAAAGAUCCAAGGUUCACCUUCCAGCUUAGCAAUGGGAGUACUCGCCGGUACCGCGACGAUCGCUACUACGCGUCCGCUUAUGAAGUCAACAUGAAGGCACCAGCAUCACCAAAAGCUUCAGUAGCCCAAGCGGACGUCAAAGCAAAGACCAACAAGAAGCGCUCAACGACUUGUCAAGCCCUCGAUACUUUGGACUCCGAUAGCAGCAAGCGCAAGAAGGUCAAGUCGAGCGCCACUCAAAACCUGGCGAUCGCGACUCUCUGGGGCAAGAAGCAACUCGAGCUUAAUGGUGAGGAUGGUGAUGAAGAAGUAGAAGACGAAUCCGAUUCCAACUCACACCAUCCCGCUACCUCCGUACACCCUCCCGACUCAAGCGCUAAUCUUGUUUCUGGUACAGUGAAAGAGGCUGCAGAAAUGCAAAGUUUCGUGGCUCCGGCCAAGAAUGUGGGCGAAGACGAAGACGUCCUGUCCUGCUAUUUGUGCUACAGAAACCUCAAAGGACUUCACACUGCAGAGAAGCAUGUUAGGGAGAGCGAGAUGCAUAAGCAGAAUUUUCAGGACCCAGAGAAGUUGAAGCUAGGAUUUGAGAGAAUGAAGAAGGCCGGCGUGGGCAAGAAUGCAACGAUCAAGGUGCAAGAGGACGAGUCAGCGGAGCCAGCAAAGCCAGAGUAUCGCGAUCGCGCAGAGGAGCGCCGCCAGACGGCGGCGAAGACAGGUACAAAAGUGAAGGUGUCGCUGAAGGCCGUCUCGCAGAAGAAGGGAGCGGUCGAGAACAAGCCUGUUACUCCAUCAUACGGGAAGGGAAAGAAGAUGCUGCAGAAUGCUGGCUGGGAAGAGGGCAAGGGACUCGGAUCUGGAGAUGGAAUUGCUGCGCCCAUUGAGCAGCUUUCCUAUGCUGCUGGUGUUGGUCUGGGACACGAGUCUAGCAAGAAGGGCGAUGCUAUUGAGCAGGCUGCCAAAUCCACCAGAGGCGACGAUUUCUUGGAGCAGACGAAGAAUGUGGCGCGUGAGCGUUUCUCGCGCAUGGGCUGA